AUGGAUUUACAGAAUUCAUCCCCCGAAAUCAACAGUGAAAGAGAUCCGAAGCAUGAUAUUAUUGAAGAAGUCGAUCUCUAUAUGGCUUCUUUCAAACUCGAUGCAAAUGAAAGACGAGAGACAUUCCUUUUAGAUACUGAGCAGCAUUUGAUUGAUUACCAAUGUCGUAAAAAUGCUUCGCUCGAGGCUUUUGAUCGACAGAACGACAAGUUAAAAUACGAUUUUCAGGAUGAGAUGCAUUUACAUCAACUUGGCUUCCGUUGCGAGCAAAAGAAGCUUGACGACGAGUUUCGAGAGGAACAACAGAGGACGAAAAGGAAAUUCAAUGAUGCUGAACAUAUUUUACAAAUAAGGCACAAAUCUCCAUUUCCACAGCAAGUUUUAGAAAACGGUGCUUCGUCAACACGAAGACUCACUCAACCUGCAUAUGUUUUCGAAGGAUUUCCCCAUCUUCCCGUGGAACUUCAAAUAAUCAUAUGGCGUAUGGCAGCAGAGAACAAGAAACCUGACCGCCAUUCUCUUGUGCAUUAUGGAAAAAGUGAUUAUUUUAAUAGAGGUUUCCACCGACGCGUUUCCAGCGCCAUAUCAAUUAACUACACGGGUUACGAGCAGAUUAACCCGGGAAACAAGUCCUCGGGCAAGAAAAACAUUCCAGCUGUACUUCAUGCAUGUAGUAUUGCACGGGAGGUGGCCAAAACAGUGUACACAUGCCUACCGAUAGAGUAUGGUGAGAGAAUCAUGGAUGAAGGUCUAUCGCGACAGGCCUAUUUUGAUCUGAUUAAUGACGAAUUCUUUUUGCCGUGGAAAAUGGCUUUACCCAGGCUUCGCUGGACAGAGCAUCGAAUUAUUGUCGACCUUCUGAUCAGACAUCACGCCACUAAGAACCAAUGGAAAAGUCUUCCAGUAGCAUUAAGGGAACAUGUUGAAAAUAUGUUAGAGAUUCGAAAUCUCCAAAUGGACCUACGUGCCUUUGUCACGGUUCCUCCUCAUAUUUGGGCAGAGUUUUCGAUGCUUGAAUGCUUGACAAUAUUGAUCCCACCAAGGGACAGCAGAGAUAUUUCUAUGCAUGAUCAUACUUUCAAGCCCAAGCCUGGUUCUAAAUUUGGCAAACGUGCUGACUGGAUAUGGGGCUACUGCUAUAAAUUACUGAGCAGUGUCAAAAAAGAUUUCCCCGACUGGAGACAUCCCAAUAUCAAGGUUCACCUAGUCGAUUAUCCGGAAUGUGAAGAAACUUACGAAGAGGCAAGCCCUGAGGAAUACGACAAAGUACAUUCAACCCCUCCUCCUGGGGAUGAAUUGCAUAUUCCAUUUCCAGGUUGGCUUGAUCAUCUAGAAAGGGCUGUCUCUCCUACACGGAAUACUAAUGUUUAUCUGCCUAAGAAAUCGGAACUUGAUGAAGGCGAUGAUUUCGAAUGGUAUAGAAUGAACAGAUUACCCAAAUUUUCGUUUGAAGUAACAAAGAAAGACUUGCAGUUUGAGCACCUGUGGCCAUUUGAUGUUGAUGAAAGUGAGAGGUCAGGCUAA